AUGGAUGAGGGUUUAGCACAAGUGAUGAAAACAGUGCCUCUGGAGGAGGAUAUUCCAGUUAUUUUGACUGAAGACGAAGAUUAUAGUGCUGCAGUUCGGAAUAGCAGAAGUUCGAUUGGACGAUUACUGAACCCGGAGAGCCAGAAUAUGGCUCGUAUGUUGCGUACGAUGCCCAAGAUUUGGAAGGCUAGAGCAACAACUACCGACAGUUUGGCUUCCGACGACGAUCGAUCUAUUGCAGCAGAUUCAUGGUCAAUCAAGAGCGAGUACAGAAGCACUCUCGACGAUGAUCAGCGCCACGCCGACGCAGCCGGGAGUCUCUCCUCCGCCAACUUCCGCGUCUCUUCAGAUUUCAGUUCUGAUAAGGAAGAGCCAGAUGAUGGAGGACAGUCAAUGCUUGGUCUCCAAAGCUAUUGGGACGCUGCUUACUCUGAUGAGCUCUCUAAUUUUAGGGAGCAUGGCCAUACCGGCGAGGUUUGGUUUGGUGAUGAUGUGAUGUAG